AUGCCAACGAGCCUUUCCGGGUCAACACGAAGUCAAUCUGCCGCAGAUAGAUUGUCCCUCGACAGUCAGCCCGCCUUCAGAGAAGCCCUCGAAGCCCUAAACAUCGAUCUAGCUUCCAACGGUAUCCCAGCAGAUCACCUGCAAUCGCAUUUCCUCGCCCUCCCAGCAGAGUUGCGAACGGCAAUCUACACCACGGCUCUCUUCGAUGAUUGCAACGAUCUGAACAUCAUCUACACCAACCGCCAAGCCUACAUGGAAGCCUCGCCGAUCCUCUACCAGCGCCCAAUCAACUUCCCUUCUCAGACCAGACUCAUGGCGUGGAUCACCCGCAGCUCCCAGACGGAUCUCAAUCGCGUCAGAACGUUGACGCUCCGUCUCACGGACGUCGAUUUCUCCCCCCUCUUCGAAUCCUCCCCCACAAAUCGAACUACCGCUCGGCCGACGGCCUGGAAUCUCUACCAGCAAGAACUCGAAACCCUCGACAAAGCCCUCCAGUCCCUCCCCAACCUCGUCCACCUCGCCAUCAUCCCCCCCGAACGAAACAACUCCCAACUCCUCCGGAGCAUGUACUUCUCCUUCCUCGGCCUCAUCCCCGAACGCCUGCCCCGCCUGCGACGCCUCACCAUCCACGACGAGGACAGCCUCCAGGACAAAAUCCCAAAUUUGAAAAAAUUGCCCGACGUCGUCUUCGAUCAGCCCAAGAGCGCGAGUAGCUCGCCCUCGAGCAGCGCGUCCCGGGAAUUCCGCAGUUUCUCCGAUGUCAUGAAGCAGCAUGCGCCGAGUCCCACGCCGCCGAAGAAGGUGAAGAGUGAGAAAGAGGCUGGUGGUAUGGAGGGCGUUUGGUUUGGAUGA